CAUUGCGGUGUCAUCGUCUUCAGCAGCAGCGUCAGAUUCGCAGCUGUUUGGAUGCUUCGAUUCCGUUGUUAGCUUCGGCGGUUCGCUAUCCGACACCGGCAAUGCUCUAAUCCCCGAGAUAUACCCUGGACCCUGCCUAUCUGCUAACCCGCCCUAUGCCCGGACAUACUUCCACCACCCUACCGGAAGAUUCUCCGACGGUCGCGUCGUCGUUGAUUUCAUCGCACAGAGCAUAGGACUGCCUCUACUUAAACCUUACUUUCCCGAAGCUCACAAGGACACGGCGCAACGUCGCCGGAGCUUCAGCACCGGAGUGAAUUUCGCGGUGGCUGGAGCGUCGGUGCUUCCCUAUGAGUUCUAUGAGAAGAUGGGAUGUGGUGUUAUGUCCACCAAUGUCUCUCUGGGAACUCAAUUGGAAUGGUUCAGAAGCUUUUUGGCCGAACUUCCAGAGAGUCUAAAGUACCUCCAAAGAUGUUUGGUUAUAUUGGGACCCCUAGGAAGCAACGACUACAGCUAUUUCCAAAUGUCAGGGAAGAGUAGUCUUGAAGAUCUGCAAUUGGCGGCUCCUAUACUUAUUCGCCACAUCGGAUCCACCAUUCAGGAGCUGAUCGAGCUUGGAGUUGUGACAAUUCUUGUUCCUGGGGGCUCGCCGGAUGGUUGCAUGCCUGCUAUGUUAGUCCUUUAUGAGAAAUCCAGUACGCGAAAUGACUAUGAUCCACAAACUGGUUGUCUCGAUUGGCUCAACCAGCACUUACAGCACCAUAACCAUCUUCUCCAAAAGGAACUGCAGAGAAUAAGGGAACUUCAUCCUCAGGUCAACAUAAUAUAUGGAGACUAUUAUAACGACGCAGUGCGAAUGUAUCUCUCCCCCAACCAAUUCGGACUCGGAAACCAAAUUCUUAAGGCUUGUUGUGGCGGCGGAGGGGCAUACAACUGUGAACUAGACAAGAAAUGCGGCACUCCUCAAGCAACAUGCUGUCGCGAUCCAGCUGAAUAUAUUAGUUGGGAUGGGGUACACCUUACAGAGGCAGCCAACAGAUUGAUUGCGCAAGGAUUGCUCCAAGGAACAUACACCGAUCCUCCUUUCUCGACCAUCUGCCUAAUUAAUUCCACAUCCAAACCUCGUGCCAUUGCCGAGUACUAAGACCCGACACGACUCGUCCCUGCAAUAGUGUAGAUGCUGAAAGUGUGUUGUAUGCAUAUGCAUUCGUCCACUCCUUUCAAUUGUGGAUUAAAUAUAACUAUUUGCAGAAGCCAUCAAUUAAUAAUAAGAGAUAUAUAUUAGGAUUGUAAUUCUAGAUCUAGACCCAAUAACUAUUACUUUUCAUAUAGAGAGUACCGGCGAGGUUUCUGCCGAUUUUCUCAAGAAAGAUUGCAUCAUAGACUUAAAAGAAAA